AUGGCGCCUUCCCGCAAUCAAAGACGGUACAACCGGAUCAACAACUAUCGCCAUGACCAGUGGGUCAAAUGUGCCCAGGCGCAAGACAGGGCCAAUUGCGAGGAAGCGGCGCGUGCUCUCUCCCGCCCCAAAGUUAAAAAGACCUCAAAGGUGAGCUCCAAGUGGCAGCGGAAGUACUUAGGCGGGCACGCAAUCGAGAUUGUGAAUGAUCAGCGCUGAGAUCCUGUCUUCUUGACUCUCUAAGCCCAAGCCCAAGCCAAAGCCCAAGGCGAAAUCUAAAGCAAAGCACCCCUUGUCCAAAGUGCCUGCGCUUCAGCCCCGCCCUCUCCCGGCUGCUCCUCACACUCCUCCAAAGCCGGUGGACAAAGAGCUUGCAGCUCACAAACCGUUUUUGGAUCAGGCCUACAAACAGCUCAGCGAGGUGGAUCGAAUUUGGAAAGCCGGAGGUCCAUUCAGAGCAAUACUUGGUAGUUCUGACAAAGCCACGCAGAAUUACAAACGCAAGCAGAUGGUGGCCAUCAAGAAGAUAUUGCGCGCCAAGAAGCUUGUGGCUGACCACGAGAAGGUCCUGGCUGGAGCCUCUCCUGCUUGUGAGUCGCCGUUUUGUUAUCACCUUUGCAAUUUGCUGCUCAAAUCCUGAGAGGUUGUUCCCCUGGACUGAAUCUUUCUUGUUCCUGUUCCAACAAUGAGUCUAUCAAAAAAGCCCAGGUACAAGACAGGUCCAAUUCCAAGGAAGUGGCACUGUCUCUCUCCUGUCCCCAGACUUCAGCCAGCACCACCAUCAAGAGCCCAAAGGUGAGUCACAUGUCAAGAUGCCCUCUCGAGCAAUUCCUAGGCCAACCAUCAAUGCGGUCCAUCUCCUGGUCCGCGUAGCAAGAUACUUCCAAGACGCAGAGAAGACAAUCAACUUGAAGCAUCCCAGCAAGCAGCUGGUGGCAUCUUGCCAGCUCACGUUGCAGCAAUUGGCAUUGCCAAGACGCCAAGCCGCUACCACAAGGAUAUCAAUGACAACAACCACGAUGGAUGCGAUGACAAUGGUAACCCAUUACCUUUCCCUCCUCUCAGGCGCAAACAGCCUAAUGUGUCUGACCUAAGCCUGUUGUGGUCAUUGUUUGCAAGCUUGCUUGCCAACAGCGUAUCUGGUGAGUUGCUGAUGUGCAGUUGAUGUUCAGGGAUGGUGUUAAUGCAAGAUGUGGUCCACAGUCAUACAUGCUCACGGUCAUCUUGCGCGCAUGCAUGAAGGCUGAAGGAGGGAAGCGGGAGGGCAAAAGGGAUCGUUGCAUUCAUGUGUGUCACAGGCCUGUCGUUGCUAGUUGCACCUCGAUGACGCCCGGCACGCAAAUUAACAGGUGACUGUGGCUGCGUCAAUGGGCAAUCAGAGCGUCCAGAUCGGUUAAAAAUGUGAUACCAUGUAACAUGUCGAAUUGGGCUUGCACCUUACGUAGGUCCUGGCAAAAGCCGGCGAUAACAUGUGAUGAUGAAUAGAUAGAUGAUGCUGUCGCGUGCAUAGAGUGGUACACGUCUCGCCUUGGGUCAUGACUGCAUCGAUCUAGCCACGAUGUCGAACUUCGACCCACCAUCAUACGCCGCGUGUCACGAGUGAGCAGGAGUGAGCAAGACGCUCCUUAGGCUCCUCCCUCGACGCAAAUCAUUCGUGACUGGGGCUCUGGAAUGAAUGAUUUGCCACGCUCUCAGCAAGGCGGAAGCCUUUUUUCAGCCGUUUCUAGUAGUACUUGUACAAAAUCUAUUGUUGAGACAGUAACCGACAUUGGCUUGCAAAAGGGAUCGAUGCCCGGGGGAGCCUCAAGGUCUAGUCUACUGGUCCGUUGAUGUACGGGCACUUGUGAUCUUGUGGAGCCAGACAGCUUUGUCGUGUAGAGGGGUCGCAAGAAGGAGCCUAGUGCCAGCACAAAGUGCAGCGACACCUUUCUCAAGCCUUCAGUUUUCCGCCGGUACUCGAGGAGCCAGAGACUUGAGCAGGGGCGCUCGAGCUUUUGAGCAAGUUCGCCUCACGUUUGGUAGCCGAAGCGACACGUGAGCUCCUACUGAUCAUUUCCCUCCCAGUCCACGAAGCGCAUGGCUGAUCACAAUCGACACAGAAGAAAAGUCGAGUCUGGUCACCGAGUUUGACCCCAUGUGAAAUCAAAGUUCCGCGCUACACUGCUCUUGUCUGCAUUGCCAAAUUUCUGUGGAUCCAGUCGCGGAGUCGACUUGCUUCGCUCAGUCGCUGUGGAACAUCUCGUGCACUCAGGUGUGCAAGCAGACUGUUUUGCAAUUGACAUACUCGUUUAUUUCAGAGACUUAGUCUGCGGUGGCCACCUCGCUUGCCACCAAAAUCCUCCAAAAUUCCAUACAGCGUAAAAUUGCGGCUUUUGUUUUUUCGAAGGCAUGUAAGAGUCAAUUUGUAGCGUCGAGGUCGUCCAGUCCGACGCUGUAAAAACGGCAUUCACUUGUUCAUCAGAAUAAUUCUCACACCAUUGCAGCAAGCGUCGCAACAAAGUACAUUUGUGACGUUACGCAAAGUUUUUAGAGUUAGCCGAAGCGGCAGAUUGAAACCUUGAGCACGUUUCUACAUUUUGGUGCCUACCAAAGUAAUUCUUCUUAGCCUUUCUAUACAGAAGAAGCUGAGCUUAACUCAAAAGUAGUGGAGGCUUCUAUCGAAUUUUUGUUGACUCUUUGCGUUUGAUGAGAGCACUGGACGACGCCCUCUAGACUGUUUUCUUCUUCAAUACAGCGCCACGCUCUGGGAAUGUGCUUGUCUCAUCUUAUUGAGGAUUGCUCUGCAUUAUGCACUCGAUAGCUCAAGACGGUGAAAGACGGCAAGCAGAUUUGCUUGAAGGAGCUUUGGCGCGGGUGCAGAAAUAUGUAUACGUCUGUGAAGCUUCUGCAAACGACCAAUUGAAGUUUUGGGUUGUGCAAAGUACAAACGGGAGUCUCGGCGUCUCCUUUUCUUGAUCUCUAAGCCGGACAAGCUGGAUCGCCCCCACCUCUCGCCACCUUCGGCUCCAGCGUUCUGCGUUCAGCACAUGCGUGUUCGUGUAGGCUCUCCAUCCCAAAAAUCUUGUGCUGGCAAAGUCAUUCGUAUGGAGGCUUCAUUUUUCGGCAUGCCCGGCAUCUUGCCAGCAUAUCGAGGGACGAACAGUGACUGAGCAAAAUCACCUCUCUGUGCAGAAGCUACAACAGUUUGAUGUGCUUGGCGGGGAAAAUUUAUAGCUUUCUAUUUCCUUUUCGCCCCAUCAUCUUUUACCUGUCAAUUCGCAAUCAGAAUGGGUGAUCUACUUCUGAUUGAUACCUUUAUUCAGGAUGUAAGCCGCUUCGAGAACGUUGCCGGUCUACCUCAACAGGACCUUAGUCCUCAUAAGAAGACAAGUGCAUACGACGAAAAAGUCAAAUGCGCGCAAGCGCCUCAGUGAAACUAGAGCAUUCAUUCGGCUUAUAGAAAUGGGUGAAAAAAUGGACACUGCGCCAGUCGAAAAUGAACAGCGAAGGUACGGAACCUCGCUAAAGAGACCGCUACAACACCUCACCAAAAAGCCCAGCAAUGAAGGACAAACUUUCAAUCGUGGGAAAAUCAUGGGGGAAGCACGACCAGAGCCCCAAAAGGAUUUUGCGACCAAGCAUACUUCAUGCAAUGUGCCGAUUGUGAGACGACGGAGCGCAAGCAACACUUGUCAGUGUGAGUGUUAUAGCUUGCAACAAUCAGCGCAGCAAAACAAAAAGCCGCUUGGUGUCAGCGUUACCUCUUGAGCUGUGGAGUGCAUGGUGUGCUGUGCCCAUGUGAGUGUGACAGUCUGCCAUAAGCCAGCCAACUGAUGGCUUGAGCUGGGUUUUUGUGAAGGAAGGUGUCAAGGUUUGACCUUAAUGAGGACAUGCAAGCGGGCACACUGACUCUACAAAAACAUUUUGAGCAGUCUGGCCACAGGACGCAGCGCAGGGGCCAGCAAGAGUGCUGGAAGUUCUGUCAAGUGUUCAUUGGAGCAAAGCAAGCACCAAAGGGAGAGCAAUACAAGCAACACUGCACACAGCAUCAUGGCUGGUAAGUGAAAGACUCACUUGUCUCACCACCCUAACCUGGACAGCGCUCUGGCAGGUACGUCAUCGAGAGCCAUCGGUCUUGGCAAGCUGGCACGGGACUGGCAGAUAGAGGAGGUGAAGCGGACUCUAUUCGAGGGUGCCGAUCUUCAUGAUCUCCUCAUACGAAGGGCCAGGUCGAGGCUGUAA